AAAAAACGUAAAGCUUGGGAAAAUAAAAAUUCCUUCUUUCCUGCAGAAGCAAAAGAGGAGGAAGAAGGGAAGAGAAGGGGGAGCAGAGAAUCUAUUAAUUUGGAUUUUAAUCGGAGAGAAUAUAUUCCGACGAAGAUUUUGCAGAUUGGUUUGGUCUUAAUUGAGAGAGAGGGGGUUUUGGUGUGGGAGAGAUGAUGGUAGCUAAUAGUUUCGAUCUAUGGCAAAAAGAUGUCUUUUUCUCCGCAGCUGAAGAGGUUCAAGAAUCUGCUGAUAUAAUGGAGUCUGCGUAUAGGUUGUGGAUUAAAGAGAAGAGACAAGGUCCUCCUCGAGUAUCUGUAGAUUCAGACGAGCUCUGCAAAGAACUCCAAGCAGCUUUGAGCACUGCUAAAUGUCAGUUGGAAGAGUUUGAGAGGGCAGUGAGGUUAAGCCAUGGAAACUGUCGAGAUGACACUACGUUAACUAGGCAUAAACAGUUUGUUACCGCUAUUGAAAACCAGAUUUAUCGAGUAGAAUCUUCUCUGCAAGAAGCGUUAAGCGAGAAUGGGAAACAACAACCUUUGCGUUGGGUUGAUCUUAACAAAGAAGAGCGUGAUGAUCUUGCUAUGUUUCUAUCUGGAUCUUCUCAGACGUCAGAUAGUUUAAACAGUGAUAGCAUCAACUUGAGAGAUUCAUCAACGAGUUCUAUGGCUGAGAUGAAUGGUAGAAGAGACUGUGUGAUAGACAUUGACGAGAGAGGAAGUCCUGAAAGUGGUGAUGAUAUAAUCCGUGUGCAAGCAGAUAAAAAAGCUGGUACAAGAAGAACUUGGAGUUCACCAAAUGUACCUAAUAUCAGUGCGUUGAGGAUUAACGUUACUGGUAACGCAAAAGAAGAAGAGAGGAAGAGGUUUUUGUCACAGAUUGAAGCCACUCCUAAAGAAAAAGGAACCAAACCUCUGUUUUGGCUGCAGAGAUGUCGUGAUUAUAACCAGCUCAUUGACAGAGUCAGUCUUUAUAAAAGACGGUUUCGUGUUCCGUUUAGCCGCCCGAUUCAGCUCAUUCUUUCCUUAAUGCUAAUCUUGUUUCUUCUGAUACCGUUUCGAGUUUAUUCAUCUUGAGAACCUAAACCAUGGUUUCGGAAAUACUCUCAAGAAAAAUUGACAGGUUUUGUAUCACAGAUUCUUGCGUAUUUGGUUACACACGUUAGAUGAUGCUACAUGAUUGAUUCAACAUCCCUCAAGAAGGAAGAGAGGGUUAAAUAAAGCUUUGUCACAAAGAUUCAAAGAAGGACAAGUCUGCUUUAUUACUCUCUUUUAUCCACAGGGAGCAUAUAGGGGAAAUGUAAAUUUGUAAGAUACAAUCUAUAAAACUUGAAGCUACGGUUUAGACGUGUACCUGUAGAAAACCAAAAAUGCGUGUUGUGUUCAAUGAUAUCUCCAGUGUUUGUUUGUCUCUCAGAUAUUAUUUUGGAACAAAAACAUUCUUUUGUCCCCUUUCACUUACUUCACAAGUCUUUUUGUUCGAAA